CCCUCUUCUAUUGUCUAUCCUUGCUAAUAUACACCCAUCUUCUUCUAUUUCUGCUAUAGAAUCUGUUGUUGGAUUGAAGAAUAAAUAGCUAGAUUUUCCAAGUUCCAGCCUCUGUGGAAUUGUGCUUUGUAGAAUUGUGGCUAAGCUAGAGAUCAAGGAAAAACAGGUAUGAAAGAAAGAAUGGGAAAUCCUCUGCAAUUGAAGUCCUUGAAUCACAUAUCACUGGUUUGCAGGUCGGUCGAGAAAUCCAUCGAUUUCUACCAGAAUGUUCUUGGCUUCUUUCCCGUUAGGAGGCCUGACUCCCUAGACUUCAAUGGUGCAUGGUUAUUCAACUAUGGCAUUGGCAUUCAUCUCCUUCAAGCUGAAGACCCCGAGAAGCUGCCUAAGAUCAGCCAGAUUAACCCCAAAGAUAACCACAUUCCUUUCCAGUGUGAGAGCAUGGUCAGAGUGGAGAACAAAUUGAAGGAGAUGGAGAUCGAAUACGUGUGGAGCAGGGUAGAGGAAGGAGGGAUCAACGUUGAUCAGCUCUUCUUCCAUGACCCAGAUGGCACCAUGAUCGAGAUCUGCAACUGUGACAACCUCCCUGUGAUACCCCUAGUUGGAGAUCAACCUCUCAGAUCUUGCACAGGUGUGAAGUGCAAAGUGCAGCAGCAACAGCAAGAAGCAAUAGCCCAGAUGAAACCUCAGCAGCAAACCAUGACCUGCCUGCGUUCUAAUUCUAUACACAUGAACGAAGACUAUCUUCCUUGUGCUUGAUUUAUGUGAGAAAAUUGAUGUGAUCCAUAUAUAAUUGCUAAUUAAUGCUUAGAUCGAUAUAGUUAGUAGUUACUACUUCUUGGCCUGUGAAUAUGUAAAAUCCCCGGUGUUUAUGAGAUGAAUAAUAGUAACCAUAUAUGGAAAAACACAAACCCAGCUUUACCUAAA